UGAGGGGCUGGGCAGAGCCGCUGUGCUGCAGGGCGGUGACACGGGGCUGUCAAUAUUUUGUCUGGCGACUUUAAAACUAGAGUUAAUUGUCAGUCGAGAUAGAGCUUUGUUUUUCCCUUGGGGGUUGCAUGUCUAAACCAGUUUUUAAAACCUUCCAUCGUGCAUACAUUAGCUUAUUGCAGGAACACAGGAAAAUAAGCUUGUUGGGUUUGGAUGUAUUUGUGAAGCCCUCUUUCUUCCUUUUAACUUGGAAAGCAAUUGAUAAUAACACAAUUACUAGAUUUUAAAGGUGAGGAGGAAAGGAGGCCACAACUACUUAGUCCAAAAUAGCUACAGUACAGCCCUUUGCAAAGUAGACGCACAUUAUGGCAGACAUGGGUGAGGGUGAAAGUGUCAAGGUGUUCGGAAGCUGCCUGAGAUUAGGAAGAGACCACACUUUCCCAUCCAUUUUUUUUUAAUGACAGCUGUAUAGUGUCCAGUCUACAGGUCUUAUGGAGACAUUUUUUUAAUUAAAGCUAAUGUUUUUAAAAAAUACAAUAAAGAGUCCAGUUGGAAGAAAGUAGUGUAACAAAGGAGAGAUGGAAAAUACUGAUAUGGACAGUACAGAUGGGUGUCACAUUCUUUAAACAUACUGUAGUCAUGAUUUUGUUGUAGAAGUCUCCAUAGAGGCUAUAACUGUGAUUUAAGAACCACUGAAUACUUGACUGUAAAUGGUUAGGGUGACCAGAUGUCCCAUUUUUAAGGGACAAUUAUGUGUUUAAACACUUUGCAGAUGUGCCAACUUUUUCUUUAAAAUGGGCAAACUAUCCCAUAUUUUCUGUCCCUUCCCCCAGUACUGGAGGGUUCUGCUGCUGGCUGGAUCCCUGCUCGUAAACCACCUGCCCACCAGCAGAAAGUGUAUGGGAGAGAUGCUACAUGUUCUUGAUGCAUUGCAAGAUGCAUAGAAAAGAUAAAAGUCUGGCAGGAGACAGAGGCAUAAAGGAUAACAAGAAGAUGUUCUACAAGUAUACUAGGAGCAAGAGGAAGACCAAGGACAGGAUUAUACUCUACACCAGUAGAAAUGGACAGCAGCAGUUUCAUUCAGUUUGAUGUGCCCGAGUACAGCAACACUGUUCUGAGCCAAUUAAAUGAGCUUCGUCUGCAAGGGAAGCUAUGUGACAUAAUUGUGCAUAUUCAGGGUCAGCCAUUUAGAGCCCAUAAAGCAGUUCUAGCUGCCAGUUCUCCAUAUUUCCGUGACCAUUCAGCAUUAAGUACCAUGAGUGGCUUAUCAAUAUCAGUUAUUAAAAACCCUAACGUCUUUGAACAGUUACUUUCAUUUUGUUACACUGGCAGGAUGUCUUUGCAGCUGAAAGAUGUUGUUAGUUUUCUAACUGCAGCUAGCUUUCUACAGAUGCAGUGUGUCAUUGACAAAUGCACACAGAUAUUGGAGAGUAUCCAUUCAAAGAUCAGUGUUGGUGAUGUUGACUCUGUCACCGUUGGUGCUGAAGAGAAUCAAGAAAGCCACAAUGGAGUAAAAGAUAACAACUACUUUGCCAAUCCUGUUGAAAUAUCUCCUCCUUAUUGCUCUCAGGUGCGACAGCCAACAGCGGUUAGUGAUCUAAGGAUGGACACUGCCACAGGGAAAACUUUACGCAGUCGUCUGCAUGAAGAAGGGCACUCAGAUCGAGGAAGCAGUGGAAGUAUCUCUGAAUAUGAAAUUCAGAUUGAAGGUGAUCACGAGCAAGCGGACCUGAUAGUAAGGGAGAGCCAGAUUGAAGAGGUGAAGGUUAAAAUGGAAAAAUCUGACAGGCCAAGUUGUUCUGAUAGCUCCUCACUUGGCGAUGAUGGAUACCAUACUGAAAUGGUUGAUGGAGAGCAAGUAGUUGCAGUAAAUGUAGGCUCUUUUGGAUCUGUAUUACAACAUGUUUAUUCAUUUUCCCACGCCCCAUCCCAGGCUACUAGCAUUUCUGAAGCCUUUGGAAGCCUGAGCAAUUCAAGUCCUUCAAGGUCCAUGCUGAGUUGUUUCAGAGGAGGUCGUGCACGUCAAAAACGGGUAUCUGCAGGUCACUUGCAUAGUGAUGUUCAGGGUUUAAUGCCAGGGGUUGAUGGUGAAACCAUAGUGAGUAACCCAGGAUAUGAAAACAGUCCACGGGAAAGAAAUGCAAGAGGUCACUGGUAUCCAUACAAUGAGAGGUUAAUUUGUAUUUACUGUGGGAAGUCUUUCAACCAGAAAGGGAGCCUUGAUCGACACAUGCGGUUGCACAUGGGAAUCACACCUUUUGUAUGCAAGUUUUGUGGAAAGAAAUACACACGCAAGGACCAACUUGAGUAUCAUAUUCGUGGCCACACUGAUGAUAAGCCCUUCCGCUGUGAGAUCUGUGGGAAAUGUUUUCCUUUCCAAGGGACACUAAAUCAGCAUUUAAGAAAAAAUCACCCUGGAGUAGCAGAAGUAAGAAACAGGGUAGAAUCUCCAGAAAGAACAGAAGCAUUUCUUGAACAGAAAAUAGAUAAUGACACUUCAGCCUCUGAAGCUAUGGAUUCUAGUAUGGAAAUUCACACAAUGUCUAACACGCCUGAUUAAAAUACUAACUUCUAAGUGCAACCCAAACAAAGCACAUUAAUCAAUGCAUUUUUAAAUGUUUUGCUUUUUUACUAGUCUUCAGUACAGGUAUAUCAGCCUUUUAAUUUUCCUGACCUUCUGGAAAUCUGGUCAAUAUGGUUUCUGAAGGAAGCUCUAUAAUUAUCCAUUGUUUUGAAGGAAGCUGGGUACUUUUCACUGUUGAAGAUGCUUAAAGUAAAAAGGACAUUUCUAUCACUAAAGUAAAAAGGACAUAGUAUCUUGGAAGUGGUAAAAUUGUUCUUUACUGACUGAUCUGGCAAAAUACAGAUUCCAUCAGAGAAGGAUAUUAAAAUAAGACUAGCAGCCCUGCUGGAUACACUAAGAGGGUAUAUUCUCCCUCAUUGUGCUUCCUAACUUCCAUUCCUAGUAAUGGGGGUUACGCAGCAGUGUGGGAAAGAGACUUUCCUCAUGAAUCCCCUCUAGGUGUCAAUGAAACUUUUUUAGUUUUUGAAAUAGCUAUUUUUCAUAGCUUGCAUAUCCUGUUCUGGUUGGAGUGAAUGUAAGAGUAUGUCUAAGUUAAUAUAAUGUACAAGGCUUUCAACUCUUAAAUCUCAUCUCUAUCUAGGGCUUAGGACUUUGCUGGGAUUUUUUUUUAAGAAAGUUGCUUGGUUUUCAUUUCUUAAAAUAUUGUUUUGUGUCAAAAAGUAAGCAAAGUGAAUAACCUUGUCAAGUAUCCUGGCUUUAUAGCAGAUAUGUAAACCAAAUGCCAUAAAUCUAUCAAAUUAGGGUUGAAUUGUUUGGAGUUUUGUUCAUUGUCUAGAGUUCAAGCUAGACAAGCUGUGGUGCUGACCUUUUUUAUAGAACUUGUAUUGUUAUAUUAGCAAACCCAAGAGUAGCAUUGUGGUUUUAAAUGUUUUUACUGGCCUCAGAAUCUACCUUCAUUUUGUACUGUAGAAACAUACCAGGUAACUAAAUCUAACUUAGUCGUUCUAAAUGGUUGGUUGAUACUAGCCAGAAAGGGAUGUUGUAGUUUAAACUACAGUACUUCCAAGCAGUAUUUUAUCUUUUUCCCAGACAGCUGUUUCAGGUGCACAGUAACUUCCUACUUACAAUUCCAGGUGAUGUCUCAGCACUUGGGAUUUGUACCUUUUUUUGUAAAAAAUACUAUAUGGGAAUUGCGAGCAAUAUGUCUGUUAUUAUAUAUGUGAGUAUUACAGAGUCACUAUGGCUUCCCCAUUACUUCAGUGGUUAAUGUUUUCUUCAUAAAGUGACCACCAAUAACAGAAACUCUAAAAAUACUCUAAAUAGUUUUGUAUUUCCAAAUGUGUUUUUGUUUUUUGGUUCUUAUGUGGUGCUAUUUUUAACUUUAUCAACUUAGGUCAGUAUAGUAUAGAAAAUGUGAAACCUAAUGGUAACAGUGAAACAAAAGCAAAACCUAUUCAAAAGAGAUGAUCGCUUGAAAGAAACCUCAAAACCUGGCUGGCAAACAUUACUGUAUAAAAUUCUACUUGAUCAGCAGAAUUAAGGAAGUACAAUUUUGUUAAUCAUGUUUUUUUUUUUUAAAUACAUAAGAAUGAAGCUUUAUGUAGAUUUGGGCCUAUAUUUUUAUUGAGAUUCAUUUUGCAAUGAUUGCUGAUGUUCUUGUGAUUAUACUAUUAUACUUUUAAAAUAAAUGCUUAUUUUUAAGUUACAGGAAAGCAAAAAGGUAAGUCUGCUGGCUUGUAAUGCUUUUUGGGCUCCUAUAACUCAAAUAGCUUUGUGUGGGAUUUUAAAUGUUUUUCAGGCCCUUAGUCCGUGAGUCCAAGGUAUAUUUGUGCAGUAACUUUUAAAGUACACUAUCUUUAAUAUUGUGUCAGUACGCAAUAAGGAUUAAUGUUAUUAAAUACAGACAUACACUAUAAACCCCAGCUGCUCCAUAGGAGUAGUUUUAGUUAAAUCGGGUACAUAAUCUGCCUUUUCCUCCUAAAACUGCCUAAAUAAGAGAUUUGUUCCUCCCUGAAGCAACAGAAGAACUCCUGUUUCCAUUAAUGGAAAUUGUAUGUGUGCAUCAAGGAGAGGCUAGAUUGCUACAUGUUUACCAUUUAAACACAUGUUGGUGUUUCAGAUUAAUGUUUUUUCUUACAUAAAUGUCUAAGUAAAUGCAAACAAUUGUGUUUUGAUAAAAUUAAGUUUGAGACACAUGGAAAAGUCAAGAAAUUAAGAGUUAAGCUUGACCCUUUAUAUUAAACUUGUGUUGUGGUGCCUUUGGGUUGGCUUAUUUCUAUA